GUCUGCCGUGUUUCUUUCGCCGUAUCCAUUCUGUCUGUCUGUUCGUCCGUUUUGUGCUGUUGUGUUCACCUCUUGCGUCUGUUGCUGUUCACUGGUGUCUUUCAUUUUGGAUCUGCAUACCUAGUACAUGUACCCUCCCACCAAUCGCAUCAAUAAUUACACAACAGUACCUUAAUCUUCCGAGAGCGAGCAGGCCGAUUAGGCCUCUGCUGCGGUUGCCAUGUCGCAACGCACCGAUGCGCAACAGAACGUGCAGCAGACAUCGUCCGAGUCGCAUCCCGAAGCCCUCAACGAGAAAACAGUCGACAGCGCGAACCCACAGGCGAACCGCCAGCCGGAAGACACAGAGGCCACGGGCAAGAAAGAGCACGAUGGCGGAGAGAAGCAGCAAAGGCAGGAAGAGGACGCUGGCGCAGCACGAGCAGACACAAAGGAUAACAAACCAGGUCCUUCGGGUGGCUACGACAGCAUUCCCAUACCGAAGCGCCCCUCUGGAUAUACCGUGAAGAUGACGUUUCAUCGCGCGGAGAACUUGCCCAUGGCCGAUAUCAACGGCUUCUCUUCAGAUCCCUACAUCUUGGCUCAGCUCAAUACCGACACGCCCACGCGCCACAAGGAAGACCCACACCUGCGUUGGCGCUCGAGAACGGUGCGGAAAGAUAUCACGCCCGAGUGGGAGGAAUGUUGGAUCGUUGCCAAUGUGCCCGCGUCCGGCUUCAAGCUGAAAGUGCGUGUCUACGAUGAGGAUCCAGCCGAUAAGGAUGAUGUGCUGGGCGCAGUGCACAUAUCUGUACCGCGUCUCGACGACCAGUGGGAAGGUAUCAAGAAUGAGGGCUACAAGCUUCUCGCAACCAAAGGCAGUGUCCGUGCAUAUGCGCUGCAAGCCGUGACUACAUGCUUCAGGGAAGACAAGCGGUUCCGUGGCGUGGUCUUUGUGAGCGUCGAGGUACUUGGGCGAACAGCAGAAGACGGCCAGAAUGGCAGACUCUACACCAUCGGGCCCUGUCGCUGGAUCAGACACUACUCGCCCAUACUGGGCCGCCUUGCUAACAUCAAGGAGCCGGACGACGACUCUCCGCAGCAGUCACAGUCUGGAGGCAAAGAGCAGAAGGGUAAGAAGCAAGUCGAGAGAUACAACUUCCAGGCCAAUCAGAUACAACUACAAGGACCUGUGCCUGCGCAGCUGUAUCAUCGCUACGUGGAAUUCAAGCCAUGGGUUUCCAGAAUGUUCACAUCUUCUGGUCUCUCCGGUGUCAUCUUGGGCAAGGCACUGCAUCACCAACAUGCCCGUGUCUAUAACUUUGCUCGCUCGACAGUUCAUGGAGACUUUCCAGAAGGUCCCAGUAUCGAAAUGACAAAGAAGUUCCUCGAUUUAGUCCAUCACGAUCAAGGUGGUCGAAUCUUCACCUAUGUUCUCACCCUCGAUGCACUUUGGAGAUUCACCGAAACCGGCAAAGAGUUCAGUAUCGACAUGUUGUCCAAACAUACGAUGCACGCAGACGUCUCCAUCUAUAUAGCAUUUUCCGGGGAGUUCUUCGUGCGGAGAUUGAAACACCCCGACAGACCGCCUCCGCCCGAACCAGCUGAGGAGAGCAGUCAAUCUCAUCCUCCCGAUCAUCAAAACAACGAGGAGCACCCUCCGGAUAAUCUUGAGGAUGGACCACCGGACAGCGACCCCCCUCAAGACCCUAAAUACUACCAACUAGUCAUCGACAACGACUCCGGAACAUAUCGACCCAACGCAGACUUGCUACCAUUACUUAAGAAGUUUCUCGCAAAGCAACUUCCCGGUCUGCACAUCCUGACACUCGACUGCAACAAAGACGCGGAGAAACAACAACGAAUGAAGAAGGAGCAGAGGGAGAGGAAGAAGCAAGAGGGCAACCAAAUUCUCUACACCAUGGGAUCCGGAAGCGACAGUGUUUCGAGUAGUGAUAUUGAAGAUCUGGAUCGAAUGGAAGGAGACAUGGAAGAUGAGGAUGCAGUUGCGCAUCAGCAUGGAGCGUUCAGUCAGGCGACCAAAGACGCCAAGUUGAGGAAUAGAGAACGAAUGACGAAGAUGAAGAAUUUGGGUCAUAAGAGAGCUGGAGGGACGGAGGGAGGUGAGACAAGUGGUGGUGAUGGUCUGGACAAUGAUGAGGCUUUACAGCAUGGGACAAGGAACGCCACAAGUGGUUAAUGGAUGUGUUUUUGGUUUCGUGUGCAGCGAUGUUGAUGUGUGUGGAUGAGCCAAGCAGUGCCAGUGUUUCGGUCUGCAAGCUUUUUUAUGUUCACCUUUACGAGGGAGGAGGAGGAAGAAGAAGAAGAAGAAGAAGAAGAAGAAGAAGAAGGUUAUUGCUAUUGAUUAAUUCCCCGGCUUGUACUGCCUAGCGUUAAUGAUUCCGCUUAGUGUGUGCUACUCGAUUCCUCAUCAAUAAGGUAGUAGUUUUUAU